AUGUUACAGCCAACCAAGCAGAGCUUCGCAAAGCGUCGUGAUCAGAUCGAGAAAGAUGUUGCUUACAAAACGAGCGAUAUCAUAGUUCUUGGAGAGACUUGCACACUGCCAGCAGACGUAGUAAUCAUCAGCGAUUCGGUUGCAGGAAGCGGCUGCUUUGGUGCGGCAAGGAAAGCCUCGAAGAAUCUGCUUGGUGUCCAAGAGGCUAAUGAACAGUGUGUACGAUGCGAUAUCAGUAAAAACUGGUGUAAGGAAGAAAUCUAUAAACGUUGCUAUCGUCAAGUCUGA